CAGAGGGCGUGUCCAAGCAGAGGACAGAGGGGACUCCACAAUGGGAGACAGUUUUCACGAGCAGCUGACAGAGGACAGCGCUUUCCUCCGGGCUGACAGCAGGCUGGACACGGAGCUGGUGGACAAGCUCAUCCUGCAACUGAACAGGAUCUACCCACAGAUCCUCACAGACAAGGAGGCCACCAGAUUCAGGAAUCUGGACGUCCCGACAGGUGUCCGUCUGGGUGAGCUCCUGACACACCUGCAGCGAAAAGGCGAUGAAGCAUGCAAGGAAUUUUACAGAGCUCUUCACUUGCAUGUAGAGGAGGUUUACUUCAGCCUGCCCACACGCCUUCGCCUCAGAGAUAAUAACUUCGAUCCACUUGCAUUUCCGCAAAGCUGCCAGCAGAGAUACGUUCUGAACGACAGGGGUCCCGUCUUCUUUCUGGGCUGUUUCAGCAUUGCAGUUGGGCUGGCUUUACUCUAUUACUAUAGUGAAGCCAAAGUGUCAGGAGGCAGCCACGGUCUGGGGAUGGCUGCUCUGGGCCUGAAAAAAAAAGCUCAGGAAGUCCUGAUAUGGUACAGCGCCGAAGGCCUCGGGAAGUAACGGGUAACUUCUCCACAGCAGGUGCUUCAGCAGCGCUGCUUUAACGGAUUGAUGCCUGCACUAAAGCGCCGCACACGGCUCUCGGAUUGUUCUUGACAGUCUGACACGAUCCAACAACUCUCUUCCAAAUUUCACCAUCACAAAACGUUCUGUUAUGCACUUUUUUUAGUUACAUUUAAAGAGGUGAUCAUUUGAGGUUAUGUUUCAUAUUGCGGUUGCGUCUUAUACAAUGCACCAUGUUUUAAAAUGCAUGUGUAUGUCAGUGGGGUGACAUUACUGUUAAAAACACCUCUCAUUCUGCAAAGAUACCUCAAUAAUCACAAGUUGAACUCAGCACCUUUGCCAGUCUCAAACUUACAUGAACCAUAUUGUCUUUGAGAAAAUUGUAGUUUUUGCAGACCUGUUGUGUUGUGAUCAAUCUAAACGAGUUAACGGAUCAAAUGAGUGUAUCUUCUAAACGGUUCAGUGGAUAUUUUGUACACUGUGUAUAUUAUUUAUCAUUUAUUCCUCAACAUCUGAGAGAGGAAACGUGAGAUCUAUUUGGAGCUCUGUUUGGCAUUUUGCUCCUAUUUGCUCUCAAUUAGAUUUAUAUUGGUUAAAGGGAGGAGUGACUAGUAAGUCUUGUCAAGCCAUGUUCACGGCAGGUGUUUGAACUUCAAACUAAGCCCAUCUUUUUUAUGUUUGGUUUGAGAUUAAAUAUAUCAUUUGUAUUGUAUUGUAUUCAUCAUUUUCCACGCAUUUAUAAGCAUCAGUACUUCAUGGGGUUUUCAGCCUUCAGCAUUAGUAAUCUGGAGUAGCCUGAAAGGAACCAGCAUGAUUUGUAUACACACCAGAUCUACUGGAUUUCUGAACAUUCUUAGUGUGUAAAUAUUACAGCAACGGAGAUCUCAAGGAACCAAACGUACCCGUACAUACAUAUUCUGAAAUCUGAAUAAUCUGUUGGUCAUUUAUUCCAGGGAUAUUCAUAAUGUGGGUUUAAUUAAUUUAAAAUGUAUUGUGAAUGUGAUCAGAUAAAAAGGAUCACACUGGUGUCUGUGGUGCUGAAAUUUGAAUUAUUACACUCUUACUUGUGUCAAGCUUGAUUGUGAGUUGAAAAUGCCUUUAAAAAAACAUUCAUACACUUGUCUGAGAAAUAUGGACAUGCCCUCUGCUCUUCUUUGGCAGGAGACAGAAUGUUGUGGCAUGAGGUUUUUUUUUUAAUCCAUGAGUACAGAGACAUGAGCAGAUUAAAAAAAAAAAACACACAAAGGUAAAAAAAACGUUAAAAUUCAUAUAAAUUACAACUUCAGAAGACAAGCAUGUUUGCAUGAUGGUGGCACGUGGUCGCCCUCUGGUGGCAAAAAGCGAUAGCACACCACAACGCCGGUGCUCGUUUUAAAAGUGUUUCCUCAGACCUUUCCACUCACAUCUGGACUGAAACAAAACACCAGUAUAUCCAGUGGAACUGUGAAAACAAUCGGAGGCGUAAAUUGACUUGUGGUACGAGUUUGUACGAGUAUAUUGUGUGACUCGGGAUCACGUGUGUGCUUCCUCCAAUUAUAUUUCGCCGUUUCCGUGCAAUGCAUUAUGGGUGGAGGGAAACUAAAGCAAAAUAUUAGAAUAUUUGAUGAAAAACCUACUUGGAGGGUCGGGAAAUGUAUCGGGCUUUGUAAUUUGUAUAUAUAAAAUAAUAAUAGAAGCGUGCUGUAAGUGGACAGUCUGAUGACUUCACCGUGAACGAGACGUACGGCAGUGAUCGCUGGGUAUAUAACGUGGCAGCCGCGAGAGAAAGGGCGUGUUGUAUGAAAGGAGAGAAGGUUAGCACUCCCCUUGACAAGGAUGGAAUUGGCCCCUGUGGCCUGCAACACAUAUACGGUUAAGGCAUUGCCACCUACUUCGUGGCAUCUCUAACCAAGUUUUU